CUGAUUCUUUCCCGGGACUCCGUUCUGACUCCAGGGGGAAAUGCGACAAUGCGGCCAUAUUGGUGCCUGUUCGGCUUAUGGCCACUUAUAUGGCAUGCUUGUGUGAGCUGUGCAGUGCAACCCAAGGCUCUCAGUAUGGCGCGGCCGCGCGACAGACGACUCAUCUAUCGUUGCUAUAAAGCCCAUCGAGAGCCCUCUCUUGAUUCUUCUGGGAUGGGUUCCUGAUAUCACAUCAGCAACUACAAUACUCUUCGAUACCCCCGGUCCGACUUUGGUGCAUCACCCCGUAGGGCCCGUACUUCACUGAGCCUUGCACCAUGACGACCGCUUCCUCCAGCCUCCCUCGUCUCCCCCAAGGCUAUCUGAGUCUAUUCCGCAGCUCACAAUGCACAAAGCCCCAGUUCCCACCCAAGGAUACUGACCUCUCAGGGCAAACCGCCAUCAUCUCCGGCGCCAACGCCGGCCUCGGCCUCCAAUGCGCCCGUUUGCUCCUGGACCUGAAGCUCUCCCACCUCAUCCUGGCCAGCCGGUCCCUCGAGCGCGGGAACGCCGCCGCCAAGUCCCUCCGCGAAAACCACCCCCAAGCCACCGUAGAAGUCGAAGUCUGGGCCCUCGACAUGGCCUCCUACCCGUCCAUCCAGGACUUCGCGCGCCGUUGCGGCACGCUGCCCCGCCUCGACCUGGUCAUCCUCAACGCCGGCCUCGUCAACCCGACCUUCGAGCUGGCCCCCACCGGCCACGAGGAGAUGUUCCAGGUGAACUACCUCUCCACCGUUUUCCUGUCCAUGCUCCUCCUCCCCGUGCUCGCCGAGAAGGCCCCGCAGGGCGCCCCCGGCCGGCUGACCGUCGUCAGCUCGGGUCUGUCCAUGCACGCCAAGUUUGCCGAGCACGCGGCCGAUCCCUUGUUCCCGGCUUUCGGCAAGCAGGCCGGCUUCGAUCCCAUGGAGCGCUACGCCACUACGAAGCUCCUACAGCACCUCUGGGCUUACAGGCUUGCGGACUUUGUCAGCGCCGACGACGUUGUCGUCAAUCUGGUCGACCCGGGGUUCUGCAAGGGGACGGAUCUGCAUCGGAAUGCGUCUGGCGUGGUCAAGAUUAUCAUUGCUUCUGUGAAGUCUCUUACUGGCAGGUCUCUCGAAGCCGGUGCCGCGACGUAUAUCGAUGCGGCUGUGAUCAAGGGCAAGGAAAGCCACGGAAGCUACGUGAUGGAUUGGAGGAUUUUCCCCUACGGGGAAUUCUUCUACACCCCUCACUGUAAAGAGGCAACCCGGAAAUUGUGGGAUGAGACUCUGGAGGCUCUCAGCUUUGCCGACGUCAAGAACAUUCUGGCCGAGAUGAAGGCGCGGAAACGAGACUGACAUGACCCCUCUUUUUAAUUUUGUGUUCUGGAAUCACGGACAGCGAGAAGCCUGCUUGCUUUCGGAUGGACGGAGCACUACUCCAGAAUAAUGUUCCCGGUAGGGGGGGUCAGAUGAAUAGUGUAAGAGCUUCGAAUUUGAUAAUCAGACACACAUCC